AUGUUUCCCUCAGAAAAUAGUGAUAAUAAUAACAAUAAUAAUAGUAGUAAAAUUAUUAUUAUUAUUUCUGUUACUAUUUAUUUAUUAUUAUUUCUGUUACUCUUAUUAUUAUUAUUAUUAUUAUUAUUAUUAUUAUUAUUAUUAUUAUUAUUAUUAUUAUUAUUAUUGUUAUUAUUAUUAUUAUUAUUAUUAUUAUUAUUAUUAUUAUUAUUAUUAUUAUUAUUAUUAUUAUUAUUAUUAUUAUUAUUAUUAUUAUUAUUAUUAUUAUUAUUAUUAUUAUUAUUAUUAUUAUUAUUAUUAUUAUUAUUAUUAUUAUUAUUAUUAUUAUUAUUAUUAUUAUUAUUAUUAUUAUUAUUAUUAUUAUUAUUAUUAUUAUUAUUAUUAUUAUUAUUAUUAUUAUUAUUAUUAUUAUUAUUAUUAUUAUUAUUAUUAUUAUUAUUAUUAUUAUUAUUAUUAUUAUUAUUAUUAUUAUUAUUAUUAUUAUUAUUAUUAUUAUUAUUAUUAUUAUUAUUAUUAUUAUUAUUAUUAUUAUUAUUAUUAUUAUUAUUAUUAUUAUUAUUAUUAUUAUUAUUAUUAUUAUUAUUAUUAUUAUUAUUAUUAUUAUUAUUAUUAUUAUUAUUAUUAUUAUUAUUAUUAUUAUUAUUAUUAUUAUUAUUAUUAUUAUUAUUAUUAUUAUUAUUAUUAUUAUUAUUAUUAUUAUUAUUAUUAUUAUUAUUAUUAUUAUUAUUAUUAUUAUUAUUAUUAUUAUUAUUAUUAUUAUUAUUAUUAUUAUUAUUAUUAUUAUUAUUAUUAUUAUUAUUAUUAUUGUUAUUAUUAUUAUUCUCAUUAUUUUCUUCUUAUAAUUAUUACUAG